CAUGACUUUAUGAGCCAGAUUGUCCCAUACAGGCGGGAGAUUUGGAAACAACACUUUCUGUUUUACUACUCCCCGUGUCAAGUACAGAAAUACACAAAUUCUUCCAGACAGUUCGGCCGGUGACAGAUCGAAUUAAUGGGAGUCAGCGCCCAAAUGGACCCGUUAGACUUUAAAACGAAUGAAGAGUUGCUGUUUUUCUUCCACCGGAAGAAGACAGAGAUUUCGUGCAUAGAAGAACCGCACAGACUCCUCACUCAGCUGCGCGACUACGAUCUGGUGCCAGAGAAACUUUUUGAGAAUGUGAAAAAGAUGCGUACUCGUAAGCAGAAGGAGAAGGGCUUCUAUGAGGUUCUGGACUGGGUGGAGAAAAAUAGACCUCAGGACAUACAACAGUUCUGGCGCUGUGUGUUUGAAGAUCAUAUCCUUCACCUGUACCCAACGCUACGUAUCCUCAGAAACAGUCUGCUGGACGGCACUUUCAAACUCUAUGAGAAACCUCCGGAUGUUGAGACACUCACAGAGGAGGAAGACAGCGAAGGAAAGGCAGAGAAAGGGAAGGAGAAGAGCUACAAAAGAAAGGGAAGUAAAGAUGACAAAAGUAGUGAGGAUAGUGAUGAUCCUGGUCCUUCCUCUACUUCCACACCCAAGCGGAGGAAACCAGCCAAAAAACCCUCAUUCUCAUCUCCUGUGAAGAAAGGUGACAAACAGGAGAUUUGGAAGUGGCCUAUUUAUAAAAUUCAGCUGCCUGUAAGCUGUGGGGAUAAAGAAGGAACUCUCUAUCGGGACAAACUGCCCGAAGGGGAGAAGUGUAUUUUGUCCCAGGGACGCUGGUUCACCCCAACUGAUUUUGAGAAGUUUGCGGGGAAGGAAAAGUGCAAAAACUGGAAACUCAGCAUCCGCUGCAGAAACACACCGCUUAAGAAACUCAUCGAAGAGGAGCAUCUUCUGUGUCCACCGAUGGAAAGAAGAAAGAGAACAUGUGUCCAAAAAAACAUGAAUGAGAGGUUUCCAGUCAGCUCAUCUGAGAGCUCCAGUGAAGAUUUAGAAACAAGCUCUGGUUCGAUGGAGGAAAGCGAUGUUGAAGAUUUCCAGGAGCAGGGAGGGAGAGGAGGAGGAACAGAGUUUAGAGGGAGAGCCCAGGAAGAGGAGGAGGAAGAAGAAGACAUGGCAGAUCUGUCUGUUUUCCAGGCUUCCUCUUUACCAGUCACCUGUGUUUCACUUACUGGGACUCUGUACAAAUACAGGUUUGCGUCAGGGAGUCGUGGGAAGUGUAUACGUACUGAGGAAAGAUGGUUCACUCCGGAGGAAUUUGUAAAGCAGGAACUGAUUCUCACUGAUGGACACUGGAAGAAAAAUAUACUGUGCCAUGGAAAACCGCUCAACUUUUUACUCAAGAAAGAAAUCCUGCGCAUCCAUUCCCUUCUGUGUGAAUGUGUGAAAUGCAGUAGUCAAGAGCAAGAUGUGACGGCCCAGAACAAUGAUGACGAGUGUUAUGUGUGUCGCUCUGAGGGAGAUCUUGUGUGUUGUGACGAGUGUCCACGAGCUUUUCAUUCACACUGUCACCUACCAACUGCAGACGGAGACUCACCUGGGGAAUGGAUUUGUACCUUGUGCGUGUUAAGAAACAGUCAACAAUGGCGUGACUCCAGUAACAUGUCUGAACAAGAAGCUUUCAAUGCCCCAGUGUCUCAAUACAGAUUGCACUGCCACUGCCUCCUGUUAUGUGUGUACAGAGAGGACAUCAAGAAGGUGUUUGUUAAGGAUCCACGACAAACGGUGUCCAGAUACUCUGAGGUCAUAACUCAGCCGAUGUGGCUGGACAGAAUAAAGCAGAAGUUGGAAAGUGGAGAGUAUCAGACGGUAGGAGCGUUCGUCUCUGACUUUCAGCUCAUUUUCAGCAACUGCAGCAAGUUCAAUGGGGACAAUGAGUUUGGCCGAAUGGGUGCCAGGCUGAAGCAAAUGUUUGAGGAAGAGUUCCAGAAAAUCUUUAGUAUCCAAUGACAGCUCUCUUUUACAAGUCUUUCAAAGAUACAAUUGAGAGCUGGGUAGCUUCAAAUAUUAAUUAGAUCUCAUUAUAAUGUAUAUAAUAUGUAUACAAUUUUUAAUUUUGCAGUCCUGCGAAGAAUAAGUGGUUUGGAGAAUGGAUGGAUGCAGUACAGGACUUAGUUGCUGUUCAACACUAUACAUCUUUUUUUUGUAAUGCCAUCUUUCCAAUGCAGUGAGGGAUUAUGUAAUUCCCAACAUUAUACUUAUGGUAAUUUGAUUAUGACAAUACAGAAGAUCUGCUACUAUUAACUUUUUCUUCUACUCCAUAUAGACGAUAAUGACUGUUAGUGUUCAGGUACCUUAAAGGUGAAGGGUGCCAUUUCUGUAAUUGCAAGAACAAUUAUUGUUUUAAAUAGGUUCCUAAACAAUCUGACCACCCUUUCUGACCUGCUCCGUCUUCCAUUGUUCAAAAAACAGGCAGCCCCACCACCAAACACACGGCAUUAAAAACACUACAGAGCCAGAUAUUUGCAUUCUUUUUUUGGAAAUUAAUCCAAAAAUUUUUUUUUUUUUUUUUUUGUGGCUUUGCAGGUUUUUUUUUUAAUAAAAAAAAUGUUAACAAUAAAAAUGGCACAAUUCACCUUAAAGACCUAAAUCAAAAUGUAUUGCAGCAUUUUGUUGUUUGAAUCAUUUGCUGUUCAUUAUUCUGUUGUUGUUGUUUGUUUAAUUACAUAUAAACAUACAUUAUAUAUAAAUAAAUC